AUGUUCCCCCUCUCUCUAUCAUUUGUUCUUUUUCUCUCUCUGCUUCUCUUUGCCUUUUCUGGAUAUGACAAAAUUUUAAAGGGUGAAUGCAUGGUUGAUAUAAAAAACCAUCUGCUUCACUUUUUUUCGCACUCUUCCCCACAUCUUACUCCUCAAGAAGCCAGUGACGACCAACAUCAACAAGUUUUCAACAAGGUUUCCAGCUAUGCAAGUCUACAGUUGGGAGCCUCUUCUGACUCUGCAGUAUCUACUGGUGUAAGCGUAUAUAAUACAUUACGCAAACACAAACACAAGCCCCAUGUGGACGAAUUACGGGAAAUUAUGGCAAAGCCUCAUUUUCAGGCUCUACUGUACACUCAUGACAAGGUGGCCUGUCGUGACUAUGAACCAAAAUUAUUUUCUCUUCCACAUGAAGUUAACGAGGCUGAAGAAGCUGUCAAGAUUGUCAGGAUAAUCAAGAAUGAAGAGCCACUGGGUGCAACCAUACAAAAAAAUGAAAAGAAGCAGAGCCUGGAAAUAGCCAGGAUUUUGCGUGGUGGGGCAGCAGACAGAAGUGGUCUGGUGCAUGUUGGGGAUGAAAUUUGUGAAGUAAAUGGGACAAAUGUUCAGGGUUGUGACCCUAAAGAAGUUGUACAGUUGUUGGCAAAAUUUAGUGGUCCUGUAACCUUGAAACUUUUCCCAGCUGAUAAUAAUAAGGGUAUCAUGCGAGAAAGCAAGACUUACUUUCGUACCCCACAGAUUCGACUUAGAGCUUUAUUUGACUACGACCCAUUUGAUGAUCCCAUAAUCCCAUGCCCAGAAGCAGGACUUUCUUUCCAGAAAGGAGAUGUUCUCCAGAUUGUUAGCCAAGAGGACCCUUUAUGGUGGCAGGCUCGCAAAGAAGGAGACAGCAACUUACGAGCAGGACUUAUUCCUGGGAAACAGCUGCAAGAAAGACGUACUUCAUCUCUUCUCAACGGUUUAAGGUAG